AUGCACCCUCACAUAAAUAUAAUACCACAAGCUACAAUAGUAGCAAAUGAACGUAUCGUACCUAUGGAACAAGAAGAAAUGAGACAUUCGCCUUCUGUAAUUUCAAAAGACACAGAAAUAAUAUUGUUUGAUUUUCCAGUAAUACCAAUAGAAUGUAAAUUUUAUUUAAAACAAUUUCAUUUAGUAGCUAAUUCUGACAAUAUCAUGAGACAUAAAGAAUUUUUAAAUAAAAAAGCUUUACAAGCUGAAAAAGAAUUAGAUGAAAUCAUGACACAAAUCAAUAGAGAGCAGCAUCAUAUCGUUAUAAAAUAUGUUAAAAAUAGUAUCGAACCAUUAAUAGAUAUUUUAAAGAAUUCAAAUAGAAAACGUUUAGAUAAUUUGAUUUUAGAUCAAAUAAAAGAACGAGCAUUGAGAACAAUUAGAAAUAAAUGUAGUCAGUUAGAAUUAGAUGAUAGAUAA